UUUCAAGGGUAAAAUUGGUCAUUAAAAUAAAAAUCAACCUUAAAAUACACUAUUUUUUUUUUAUUAUUAUUAUUUUAUUGUGGGAUUAUAGAAUCAUACAUACUACUAACAUACAUACGUUCAACCUUAUUAUUCUCUCAUUCAUCAACCUCUCCAUAAAAAUAAAGAGUCCCACCGCACCUCACCACACAAACACAACACCACACUCUUUUCUCUCACAUUGUUUGUGUGCGUGUGUUUGCGCGCGCCUCCUCUUUCUCUCCCCGCCUCCUCGAUCAACCAUCACCGCCGAACCACCCUCCUCCUUCUCUCCUUAAACAGAGUAUAAACCCGAAUGUCGCGACGAUAAGGAUAAAUCUUCUUUAGCAGAGAGGGUGGAAGGUGGUAGAUUGCAUGAUCGACCCCUCAACAACUUAUUUUUUCUCUCUUUAUUGCCCUUUUACCACCUUCCACAAUUUUUUUUCCCUAAUUCGCUUAUUUAGAAAAUAUAUUACACAACCCAAAUUUCACAACCCUUCAAAGUUCAAACCCUUUAUAAUCCUUUGACUGAGAAACUAUGGUGAGCUUACGAAGGCGCAGGCUUUUGGGACUUUGUAAUGGCAGCAGCACAGACGAAAAUGCCUCUGAAAAUGCUACAUACAGCUCAAACUCUGCCAGUGUGUAUCCCAUUACUUUCAAUGAUCUGAAUUUACGCGCAGAGGAGGGGAGUGAUCCAUUGGAAGAAAUAAUGGAGCCGGUAACAAUUAAUGAUUCCGGCUCUUCCAAAGAUAAGCAUAUUCAACCAAGUAUUGUCAGUUCUACUUUGUCAAAAGAGCUGGAUACUCAACGUACUGUAGAGAUAGAAGUGAAACGACGAAAGCAGCAUCGCAGAAGGCGAAUACAUAGUGAAGAACAAUGUGCUAUGACAGGGGUUUACUUUAAGAAUAAGAAGUGGCAAGCAGCAAUAAAGGUUGACAAGAUACAAAUUCAUCUAGGAACUGUUAGCUCACAAGAAGAAGCUGCCCAUUUAUAUGACAGAGCUGCAUUUAUGUGUGGGAGAGAGCCCAAUUUCGAGCUCGCAGAAGAAGAGAAGCAACAACUUAGAAAGCUAAAGUGGUCCGAAUUUUUGGCAAUGACACGCAGUGCUAUAAGUAACAAAAAAAGUAGAAGAGGGCGGGUCACCGGAAAGGCAGCACCUUUAUUGCAAAACUCUGAUGAAGGCGAACAAGGAGCAGAGGCAUCCUCAGCCUCUGAUGAUGCAAUUCUAGACUCCUAAAUGUUUGUAGAAUUCUGUCGAAAAGUACUCUCAAUUUAGUAAUUCUAGGCGAUAUAGAACUUACCUCUGCUGCCAAGCAGAUAGUGAUGCAUAGCUUUAGAUUAGCGAUUCUAUACAGUGAUAGACUUACAUCAGCUUUAUUAGCAUUUUUGUUGAUUCAAAUGUAUCUAGCUCACCUCACAGUUAGUAGUUGUUCCGUACAUUCAAAAUUGAUAUUCUUACAAUUUCAGGCUUUCAGCAGGUGUCGUACUUUUGGAACAGCAUUUUUAUUUUUUUCACGCCAUUUUUUCUCCCUGGAAAUGGAGAGCAAACAGAUGAGAACGCCUGCAGAGAAAACAAGGAUCGCAUAAGGGGUAGAUUAGAAUGUGUUAAUUGCCAUGGGUUCUUUAGUUUGUUUCACUCGAAUUAGCAAUUAUGAAAAAGCAGUUAACCACCCAAAAUCAGUGA